UGUGGGCUGAUGGUUGCACGCACUAAUCUCGCUCCUGUCUCUCUUGUCCUCCCUUCACUCUAUUCUCCCCUUCUGCCACUGCUGCUGCCGCCACCUGUGUCUCUCUGUUCCUGUCUUCCCCCUGUGACUGUCUCUCCUCCUCUGCUUUCUGCUCCUGCUGGCCUCCAGACCGCAACGAGGAGGCCCAAGCCCACCCGAACCGGCAGUUCGGCCACAUCCAGCAGCACGGCAGGGCUCUCUGGCUCGGCCUCAGCCUCGGCCGGGGAAAUGAGCAGCAGUGAACCAAGCACCCCGGCACAGACCCCUUUGGCUGCCCCCAUGGUGCCCGUCCCGGCUCUGGCAUCCCCAGUGGCUCCUCCAGCAAUCCUGUCUCCAACAAAGGAGGAGGAGUCUCUGCGAGGGCAGGUGCGAGACCUGGAAGAGAAGUUGGAGACCCUCAAGAUGAAGCGGAAUGAGGACAAGGCCAAGCUGAAGGAGCUGGAGAAGUACAAGAUCCAGCUGGAGCAGGUCCAGGAGUGGAAGAGCAAAAUGCAGGAGCAGCAGGCGGAGCUCCAGAAGCGCCUGAAGGAGGCCAAGAAGGAAGCCAAAGAGGCCCUGGAGGCCAAAGAGCGCUACAUGGAGGAGAUGGCCGACACGGCCGACGCCAUCGAGAUGGCGACCCUGGACAAGGAGAUGGCCGAGGAGCGGGCGGAGUCCCUGCAGCAGGAGAUGGAUUCGUUGAAGGAGAAGGUGGAGGAUCUCACCAUGGACCUGGAGAUCCUGAAGCAUGAGAUCGAAGAGAAGGGUUCUGACGGAGCUGCCUCCAGUUACCACGUCAAGCAGCUUGAGGAGCAGAACGGCCGCCUGAAGGAGGCCCUUGUGAGGAUGCGGGACCUGUCUGCCUCGGAGAAGCAGGAGCACGUGAAGCUCCAGAAGCACAUGGAGAAGAAGAACACGGAGCUGGAGGCCCUGCGUCAGCAGAAGGACAAGCUGCAGGAGGAGCUGAAGCAGACCGAGGGGACCAUCGAUGAGCUGAAGGAGCAGGUGGAUGCUGCUCUGGGGGCCGAGGAGAUGGUGGAGACGCUGACCGAGAGGAACCUUGAUCUGGAGGAGAAGGUCCGCGAGCUCCGCGAGACGGUGGGCGAUCUGGAAGCCAUGAACGAGAUGAAUGACGAGCUGCAGGAGAACGCCCGGGAGACGGAGCUGGAGCUGCGGGAGCAGCUGGACAUGGCCACGGCUCGAGUCCGCGAGUCGGAGAAGCGGGUGGAGGCAGCGCAGGAGACGGUGGCCGACUACCAGCAGACCAUCAAGAAAUACCGAGAGCUGACGGCCCACCUGCAGGACGUGAACCGAGACCUGAUGAGCCAGCAAGAGGCCUCUGUGGAGAGGCAGCAGCAGCCGCCGCCCGAAAUGUUUGAUUUCAAGAUUAAAUUUGCUGAGACAAAAGCUCACGCCAAGGCCAUCGAAAUGGAGCUGCGCCAGAUGGAAGUGCAACAGGCCAACCGGCACGUCUCCCUGCUCACUUCCUUCCUGCCCGACAGCUUUCUGCGGCACGGCGGGGACCACGACUGCGUUCUGGUGCUGCUGCUGCUUCCCCGGCUGGUGGGCAAGGUACCCGAGGGCGCCUGGCGCUAAGUUUCCCUCCCUUUG